GAAGCAACUUUGCUACAGCAACAUUUCAACCCACUUUCUUGUGAUCAAAGCUGCGCGCACGUCUCAGAAUUCCAUCAACAAGGCCAAUUGCAUCAACAAAGCUCGACAUCGCGACCAAAGGGUGCUCUCUUUGCGCUCUCCCUUAGCUGCCUCUCCAAGCGACUGGGGUUGUGUUGGGCUGCUUGGAGCUCUUCUCGCCUCUCUUCUAAGUCGCCAACCUCCAGACCCCGUCCUUUUCCCAAACUUGCCAUCGUCGAUCGGAAGCAUCACGACCGUAAACAUGUCCUUCACAUUCGGCACACCAUCAUCCAACGCUGGCUCUGGUGCGGCGAACACCUCAGCGGCGCCGGCUGGGGGUAGCAUAUUCGGAGCAGCUUCAGGAGCUACAGGAACCACAGGAACUCCAUCAUUCUCUUUCGGCAACCCAAAUUCAGCCGCGGCUGGAUCGACCACACCGGCCGGCGGUAGUCUUUUUGGCAACACAACAGCCGCCGGCGCCGCGAAACCGGCUGGGAGUCUUUUUGGCACCGCCGGAGCCUCGACUGCAGCGCCUGCCACCGGAGGAGGCCUGUUUGGAGGGGGUGCUGGGGCUUCAGCAGGAGGCAGUUUAUUCGCCAAGCCUGCUGGGACAACAGGGACGGCUGGAACUACUGGGGCGAUGUUUGGAGGUGCUUCGACUGCUGCCCCAGCCGCCACGACAGCAGCUCCAUCGUCCCUGUUUAACAGUGCAACUGCUGCCGCUCCAGGGAAGCCGCUUUUUGGAGGUGCUGCUCCUGCCGCCUCUGGCACGACUACAGGGACACCAACAACGGCUGCUGGGGGUUUGUUUGGGGGUGCGUCGACCACACCAACGACUGCCGCCGCCGCGAAACCAGCCGGUAGCUCACUGUUUGCAGGUGCCGGCGGCAGUGGAGGAAGUCUGUUUGCGGGGGCCACAGGUGCUGGUGCUACAUCAACUCCCGCUAAGCCAUUGUUCGGCGGUGCCGCCGCCGGUGGAUUAGGCUCAACUACCCCAGCCGGCGCUCCUCCAGCGGAUGCCGCGAAGCCAGCAGCCGGUAGUUUGUUCUCGACGGCUAAUACCACGACAAAGCCUGCUGUUACUGCCCCGGCCGCCGGGGGCCUAUUUGGUGCAACAACCGCCCCGGCGGCCAGCAAUCUCUUUGCACCCAAGCCGGCUACCACUGCAGCUCCUGCCACCACCGCCCCUGCUGCUUCGACACCGGCAGCUGGUGGUCUUUUCUCAAACCCUGCUGCAACUACUGCUCCCGCCGCGACAACUGCUGCUGCCACUACGGCCCCAGCGGGUGCUUCCAAGCCAGCCGGCACUCUGUUCGGAACGGGAACCCCGGCGACCACCUCGGCGGCUACUACCUCUGCCACACCAGCCGCUACCACGGCCCCGGCAACCGGGGGUCUCUUCGGAGCUCCCGCGGCGGGCACCACAGCGCCUGCUGCCACCCCAGCUGCUGCUACUUCCUCCGCUCCCGCAGCUGGAGGUCUCUUCGGACCCAAGCCCGCGGGUACAACCACGACCACCACCCCCGGCCUCACACCCUCCAACCCAGCCCAGACAGCCGCCAACCUCACAGCCUCCACCCUCGGCCCCGCCUCCCAGCUCCCCCGUCUCAAGAACAAGACCAUGGACGAGAUCAUCACCCGCUGGGCGACAGACCUGUCCAAAUACCAAAAGGAAUUCAAAGAGCAAGCCAACAAGGUCUCGGAGUGGGAUCGCAUGCUCGUCGAAAACGGCGAGAAGAUCCAGCGCCUGUUCAACUCCACCCACGAAGCGGAGCGCGCCAGCAACGAGAUUGAGCGUCAGCUCCAAGGGGUGGAGAGCCAGCAGGAGGAGCUGGGGGCCUGGCUGGACAGGUAUGAGCAGGAGCUGGACGAGCUGUAUGCCAAGCAGGGGGUGAAUUUGGCGCGGGAGGAGCAGAUCACGGGGCCGGAUCAGGAGAGGGAGAGAACGUACAAGCUGGCGGAGAAGCUGACGGAUCGGCUGGACGAUAUGGGCAAGGAUUUGACAAAGAUGAUCAAGGAGAUUAAUGACAUGAGUGGGAGUUUGGGGAGGGGAGGGAUGGGUGAUGAUCCGCUCUCUCAGAUUGUCCGCGUCUUGAACAGCCACUUGACGCAGCUGCAGUGGAUCGACACCAACGCCAAGGCUCUCCAGGCCAAGGUCCAGGCCGCGCAGAAGACGACGGGGAAUAUGGGCGGUGGGAGUGUCAAGGAGACGGAGAGCAAUGCUGCCGAGAGCUUUUAUCGCUCCUAUCGGGGGGGCGGUUUCAAGUAAAUCAUCAUGAUGGGGUUGAAGGAAUGGUGGGGAGGUGAUGGAAAUAUGUAAUCAGUCCUCGACAGGAAGGGGGGUGGAAAAGUUGCCCUGGAGUAUUAGCGCUUAACAAACAACAACAACAACAAUACAAAUGAUGGGUAUCAUUUGGAGUGGGUGGGUGGAUGGGUGUUGAGGGUUUUGUGUGAGGGAGUUUUUUGUUAAAUGGAAAGUUUUGUUAGUUUUUUCUGAUACCGGUAGCUUUGGUAGCUAACAAGAUUGAGGGUAUCACUGGGCCUUUGGCAGAGAUAAGUGAUUGGUAGAUUUGUUCAAGUCUGCUUUUUUUCGAAUUUGCGUGCAAAGACAAGGCCGUGCUGAUCGCAAAAUCAAACAGGU